AUGGACAGCUUUGAGGAGGCCGACCUCAAUGACAAGGAGGUGCAACAGGUGCUGAACUUCAUCUUAAAAUUUUGCAGUGACGAGAACGAUGACCUGUACAGACCUGAGCAGUGGGGCAUUGAGGAGGCCAACGUCAAUGAUGAGGAGGUGCAGCAGGUGAUUGACUUUGUCCUCCAAUUUUACAAUGAUGCAAAUGAUGACCUGUAUGCCAGCCGAGCAGUGAGAGUGAUGAGCGCCAAGCAGCAGGUCGUUGCUGGAAUACUGUACUACUUGAAAACUGAAAUAGGUAGAACAACAUGUACCAAAUCCCAGUCUGAACUGUCUGACUGUCCCUUCAGUGAACAUCCAGAUCAGCAGAAGAGAGAAAUAUGCAACUUCCAGGUCCACAGUGUGCCCUGGGAGCAUGAAAUCUCUGUGAAAAAUUACAGUUGUCAAAGUACCUGA